UUUCAUUUACUUCCACCACACCUCAAAAACAGAACAUCACUGGAAAAUUAUACAGAACAUAAAGUAUUUUUUUUUGCUCCACUUAUUUUUUGGUAUGUGUUUUGUUUCAUUCCGUGGUGAAAGAACAGAGACAAUGGAGAGCGAACGGACUAGUUCUUGAUCUGUACGUCUCUUUUGCCUUCUUCUCUUCUCAUUUGUGUAUUUCAUUUGCUUUUUUAUAUUAUGUAAGAUCUGAGAAAGAAAAAAAAAGUGUGUGUGGGGAAAGAUAAAUUGAGAGGAGUAAAUUGGGGAUGGUGAGGACAUUAGGACGUAAAAUAAGCUGGCCAAGAUCUUUCAGUUUUAGAAAGAUGUUUGAUGGUCGGAACUCUGGACAUUCAUCAUUUUCUUCUCGCGGGGAUGGCAGGCAUACCCCGGAGCACGAACUUGCUGUACACGCUAUACCAUCGGCUCAGAGGACUCGUAGAGGCAGGCAAAACAGGACAUCAGACAUGGAAGCAAUGAAGGCAAGAUUCGCAAAACUGCUGCUUGGAGAGGACAUGUCAGGCGGUAGUGAAGGCGUGACAUCUGCGUUAGCUUUGUCAAAUGCCAUCACCAACCUCGCUGAUUCUGUGUUCGGGGAGCAGAUGAAAUUGCAGCCUAUGUAUCCGGAGACUAAAAUGAUUUGGAGGAAAGAAAUGAAUUUCUUAUUGUCUGUGGUUGAUCACAUUGUCCAGUUUGUUCCUUCUAAACAAAUGGGCAAAAAUGGAGCAUUCACUGAGAUCAUGGUGACCAAACAAAGAGAUGAUUUGCUGAUGAACAUUCCAGCCUUACGCAAGCUUGACUCGGUUCUUCUCGAGACUUUGGACAACUUUAAAGACCAGAAAGACUUUUGGUAUGUCCCAAGAGAUGUUGAGGAUACAUCGAACAAUGGAGACUGGAGGAGGGAUGAGAACUGGUGGGUACCAGUUGUUAAGGUUCCAUCGGAUGGAUUGUCUGAAGAAUCACGUAAACUGUUGCAAAGUCAAAAAUAUUCUGUGGCACAAGUCCUCAAAGCCGCCACAGCUAUUAAUGAUGUAGUAUUGUCUGAAAUGAACAUUCCUGACCACUACAUUGACUCCCUUCCAAAGAAUGGGAAGACAAUCCUUGGAGAUUUCCUUUACAAGAUCUUAACAGAUGAACACUUUGUUCCUGACUACUUCCUUUCUUUCUUGGAUUUGUCAACGGAGCACAAAGUUCUUGAUCUAAAGAACAGGAUUGAAGCCUCCAUGGUUAUAUGGAAGAGGAAGAUGAACCAGAAAGAGAAAGAUGGGAGAUCACAGUGGGGAUCCUCUGUUAGCUUGGAGAAGAGGGAGCUUUUAGAGGUCCGAGCUGAGACUGUUUUAGUUAUGCUUAAACACCAAUACCCUGGGAUCCCACAAUCUUCACUUGAAGUCUCCAAGAUUAAAAACAACAAGGACAUUGGACAGGCGAUUUUGGAGAGCUAUUCGAGGGUUUUAGAAAAUCUUGCUUCCAAGAUCAUGUCAAGAAUAGAGGAUGUCCUUGAAGCCGAUGCGCUAGUUCAAAGACAGCUGAUGGCAGAGGCAGAGAGAAGAUCAGCUGAAAGUGAGGUGGAAUCUGAAUAUGAGGAAACCGAAAAGAUGGAGUCGGCAGAAACGCCAAACUCGAGGAAACUAUCAGAACUCAUAGGGUGGAGAUUGUCAUCAGAUACAAAGAAGCAUUGUUCGAUGAGUGAUAUAGAACUCUUCCACAAAGCUGAGCAGGAGAAGACGGUGGUGAAGUCUCCAAGAGCUUUGGAGAAGCUGAUGAUGAAAUCUCCAAGAGCUUUGGAGAAGCCGAUGAUGAAGUCUCCAAGAGCUCUACCAAAGAAACUUUCAUUUCUAGCAAAGUUAGAGAACAUGAGAAGCCCCACUGAGAGACACUAACAACCAAGUAGAGCAUAGAAGAGAGGAGAGAGAAGAGAGAGAGAGAGGACUUUGUACAUAUACAAAAAAAUGCAGGCAUUGGCUUAGGAUUUGGACAUGCAUCUUAGUGUUUGACGACACUUGUGGUAGAUUUUUUUCUUGUGUUUAUUCACCUGGUUGAUCAUGUUUGUUUUGCUUGUUUGACUAUAUAUUGCUUCCUGUUCUUUUUUGAAGAGGGAAGUGUGGUUUGGGUAAAUACGAAAGGGUUUUGAUAA